GUGUGAAAGCCUGAGAGCCAGAGUAUCUGAGAGAGCGUAUCGCAGAGUAUCUCAGAAAGCAGCCGUCCAUCGGCAUCCAUCGGUUUUUGGGAUGCUGAGCGAGAGCUUCUGCUUUGGCAGCGCGCACUUGGCCAAAAUAGUUGUUGGUUCGCAUGCAAAACGUUAAAAUCGCAUUAGCUGAAAAACAUUUUUAUACCAACGGCGCGUUUUUAAUUUUUUCUACACUACAACAACACGAAAAAUAUAUAAAAUAAACUAGACAAAGUAGAUGGCGAAAAGUAAAAACCAAACCCCGAAAAAAAGCAACAACGAGUAAAACUAAACUUUUAACGUUCAACAAAAAUUCAUUGCGUAUACAUAAGUAUAAAUAAAUAAACGCGUGUAUAUAGAGAAAUACAUAUAAUAAAUGAUAAUUCAAUAAUUUUCAAACAACAAAAAGUAAGAUGUUUAGAUGUAAUCGCAAGAAAGUGUGUCAAGCCGUCCUCUUUACAAAGAAUCAACCCUAAACUAAAGUAAACUACGACUUUUUAAAGUUAUAAACCUUGAAAAGGACUAACAAAUCGCUGGUAGAAUAGCAGAACAAGGCGUGACUUGUGUGUGAGUGUACAUAACGAAGGAGGAAAGUAUGUGAAAGUAUGGGCGCAAGAAUGGCCGCCCACUUGCCUCUGGCCCACCUUUUGUGACCGUGCGUGUGAAAUAAAAGAGAAAAGUAAAACAAAAAAAAACGAAAAAAUCAGGAAAAGCAAAAGGAAAACGAACGCAACUACUACAAUCAGCGGCAAUGGAAUAGCGAUUCAAUGUCACAGUCAGCGAGCAGCAUCUAUGUGCACGGAAUCAGAUACAGAUACCCUUAUACAUACACCCACACCCAUACAUGUGCAAGCCGCUCACGUAUGUAGAGAAAAGCCAUAGCCGCAGUUUAGUGAGCCAGUUUUAAGAAAGGCGAAGACGACGACAAUCAACAUUCAUCAUACGCACCGUGGGACGCGGCGCAAAACGCAAAUGCAGCCCCUGAUCGAUCGAUUUUUGAUUUUGUAUCCCCAUCAUCACCACCACCACUACCACCACAACUACAACAACAACAACAACCAGUACAAGCACCAACAACAACAUCAACAACAACAACAAGAACCUCAUCGACGGCGUCAAUUGCGACGAUGGCUGCCAUAAAUACGGUACCAAAGAGCAUCCAUCUGCCAUUGACGACUCUCAGCAGCGCGCCGCGCGUGUUGAUGUGCAGCGCAUCCGUGGGCACCGAAGGAUCCGUCACUCUGCAACUGCGUGAUGCGAACGCGUUGGAGGCAGCAGCAACAAAGACAGCAACAGCAGCAGCAGCAGCGGCAGCCACAUCGACGACGUCACCAAAUGGCGCUGCAGGUGCGCCAGCGUCGACGCUAGAGAAUGCGCUGACCAUCGGCUAUCCGGAUCCGGAAAUGUUGGCAGAUGUCUUGGGCACCAUUCAGACAGCCUCACUCAAGAACAACAACUCAAUCACAGCAGCAACUUCAAGCAAUAGCUCGACCAAGUCGACGAGCAGCAAUCAUCUGACAAAUCCCAACAAGAUAACCAUAACCAGGCGGAGUGUGCACUCGGUCAGCACCUCGACGAACAGCAGUAGCAUUAGUAGUUGCAGCAGCAGCAGCAGCAGUAGCAACAGUGGCAAGAGCAAUACCAGCUACAUCAAGAACUGCUUGAUACGCAGCAGCAGCUGCAGCAACACGGUCACCAAUGUCACCACAUUGGCGCAGAUUAUGAGCAACAGCAGCACGAGCAGCGCGGCCAGUUUACUCAAUCAGCACAACAACAAUAGCAACUGCAGCAACAGCAGCAACUUCAGUACCGCCUCCUCGGUGGGCAGCAGCAUCAGCGUUGGCAGCAACAGCAGCAGCAGCAACUGCAGCAACGGCAGCAACAGCAACAGCAACGACAGCAACAGCAGCAGCGGCGGCGGCCACCGAUUGAGUUUCAAGGGCACCGGACGGCAUGUUCCCGCGAGCGGAUUAGGUUCAUCGGCGGCAUCCACGAACACGAGCGGUACCGCCAGCGGCAUUGGCGGCAUCAUAAGCGUCGAGGCGCCACGCAAGAAUCGACCCAAAUUAUCAUCGCCAACGCGUCACGGACCGCAGCAGUGUCAGAUUUGUUGCAAGAUCUUUGGAAAUGCCUCGGCGCUGGCCAAGCACAAACUGACGCACAGCGACGAGCGGAAAUACAUCUGUGCGCUCUGCUCGAAAGCAUUCAAGCGGCAAGAUCACUUAAACGGACACAUGAUGACUCAUCGGAACAAGAAGCCUUACGAGUGUAAGGCGGAUGGCUGCGGCAAAUCCUAUUGCGAUGCGCGAUCAUUGAGGCGCCACUCGGAGAACCAUCAUGCUGGCGGAGCAGCCACACCCACCACCAGCCAAUCGCUUUCGCCCACCGCCAGUUCGAGCGGUACCAGCAAUAGUAGUGGUGCCGGCGUGGCCACCAGCUCCUUGAGCCUUUCCCCGGCCACGGCCAGCGGCGAUGCCAGCUCCCCGGACGGAGCCACCUGCAUUCGAACUUACAUUUCCACGGGCAGUUCUGUGGUGGAUGCCGCUACUGGGAUCGCCCUGUCGGAUGAACAGAUCAAGGCGAUGAAUCUGCCGAUCAAGACGGGCGUGACCUUGCUGUCGCCCACCACCUCGACCUCGUCGAAUGCCUCAUCCUCGGCCUCGUCUGCCAGCUCAUCGCUUUCCUCGACGGGCUCGUUGCCGGGGUCGGGAUCGGGAUCAGGAUCAGUUUCCAUGGCCCCGUCACCGUCAAGUGGCUCGGUGAUAACCGCUAGUUCGCCCACCAUCACGCUCAGCGAUGGGAUGAGUCUCGAGGGCGAGGGUCUUACUCGGGAACAGUUGGAUCUCAUCAGCAAGAUAAUGCAGCAAACGAAGCAGACGAGUGCCCAGGUCACAGUCUCCUCGCCCACCAGUGUCAGUUCCUACAAGAUCAACACCAACUCGUCGCCAUCGCAGAACAGACCGCGCACAUGGAACAUGCAAUUGUUAAAUAGUGCCCAAAAUGUGACUGUCACAGUCGAAGACAACUCUGAGCUCGUUACUCCCUCCUCCAACUCACCCGUGGAGGUCAAGGAGGAGGAGCUGAGUCCACAGCUUGUGGGCACCAUGAAUCCCCACCUGCUCAAUAUCGUGAAGCUUGACAAGCCCGUUGAGUGCAAUCUCUGUCACCGUAAGUUCAAAAACAUACCCGCCCUCAAUGGGCACAUGCGCCUGCAUGGCGGCUACUACAAAAAGGAUCCGGAAACCAAGCGCAGCGAGAAGAAGGACUCCAGUGGUCCACCCCUGCAGACGGCGAGCAUUGGAGUGCGCGCCCUAAUCGAGGAGAAGAUCAUCAGCAAGCGCAAGGACAUGACUAAGGGCUCCUUUGUGGUUCCGGCACCACCGCAUAGCAGUGGCACGACCACUACCCUGCGUCGAUCGAUUAGCGACCUGGAGAGCUUUCUCAACCCGAAGACGAGCACCAGCAGUCACACCCAGACGAUGACCACCACUACGGGCACAACCACAGCGGUUCUCCCAGCGGCCACCACCAUCAAGAGCAGCAAUGGCCUCAGUAUCCAGCAGAUUGGCCUACCGCAGAGCAUCGAGAUCUUCAGCGGCGGCCAGAAGCAGGCGAAGACGCUCAACCUGGGCAGUGGAACCAACACGAUCACGAUAACCACCAACAAUGUACCCACCACCACGACGAUGAGUGCGCUUACUGCGCUGAAAGCGGGUGGCACCAUCAGUGGAAUCUCUACCGCUACCAACACGGAUCCCAAGGAUUCCACACUUAUAGAGCUCUUGAAACGCGGCACUCGCAUUGCGGUCACUUCGAAAAAGAACCAAUCCCAUGGACAAACGGGAUCCAGCAUAAUGAUGACCUCCAGUGGAGCGGCAACAAAUGCUGUGGGUGCUGUCACCGAGUUAACCACCAUUGGUGCCGGUGGAGGAGUGCAGACAGUGGGCCGACAGAUCAUCACCAACAACAACCGCACCGUGAUCAUACCCUCCGAUGUCCAGGUGGUGUCCACCAAGAGCAAGCUAAGCAGCUUAAGCAGCCUGGUCAAGAGCAAUAUGACCAGCAGUGGCACCUGCUCCUCGGGAAAUCUUUCGCUGGCCGAUGGCACGCCACUUUCCCUAACAAUUGCUUCCAAUCAAGAGGUGACUGGAGGAGUAGGCAACUCCAGCGGAUCGGGAAGUGUGAUCACGAGCGGAGGAGGGGGAGUCUACACGGUUACCUACACCAGUGACGGCACCGAUCUAUUCGACGAUGCCGAGGUCUACAACGUUUCGGACACCGAGAUGCUGCUGCAGACGGUGGACUCCAUGGAGCUGCUCAACGAUGAGGAGAUCAAGAGCGAACAUUCCGAGGACUUUGCCCUGCUAAGCGAGGCCGGCGACAGCGCGCACACCCAACUGGUGAAACUGGAGCCGGAAAGUGGACAGGCCAACUCCGGAUCGGGAAGCGUAUCCGGCGCAAACACUACGCCAUUGCCCACCUUCCAGCAAUUCCAUUCCAAGGAGCUGAUCAUGCAGAACAGUUCGCAGAUCCAGGCGAUAGCCAGCAUGCGCGGAAGUGGUGGUGGAGUCCUGGCCUCGCCGCUCCACUCGCCUUUGGCCUAUCCCACUCCGCCAUCGAGCCACGAGAAUAUGGCCCAGAGUUCGCCCUUCAUCGAGGAUGCAGCUGCCCAGUUUGUGGAUGCCAGUAACACCUUCUUCGGUGAUAAGACGGACUUCUCGCACAUCUAUUUUAAAACGGAUGAGGGGGAGGCCACCAUUGAACAGCUAAAUGAGCACGACAACGAGAAGAUCCUGAAACUGAAAUCAGUGCUGGAGGAGAGCAGCUUCGAUCCCUCGAUCAAAGUGGAGGACCUGUUGAAUGGCACCGAUGACGAUACGGAAUGCGAUCUGCGGGAAUUUGCGGAGACUAACCUGUCGUUUUUGGACGAGGAUCAAGAGUUCCUCAAUGACUCCAGGAAUGCCACCUCUCCGCUCUCGGAAUCCUUCUUCACCAGCGGCAUUGGCUCCGCGGAGGAUGUGAAGCAGGUUUUGCGCGAAGUCCUGCCCGAUGAGAAUAUGCAACUGCAAUUGAGCAGUGAGCAGCAGGGCGAGAACAUCAUCGAUCUCUACUAUUUGCCUGGCUUGGGCUUGCAAUCCCAGAUGAUGCCCAAUUCGGAGGACCCGCUGCUCUCCUCCUCACCCCGCGAGUUUGGCCAGCAAAGACAGCAGUUGGCUAUGCAAACCACCAACAUGACACAGCCCAUGGAGCAGACACUCCAGGACAACAACAAUAUCUACCAGCAGCAAGAGCAGCAGCAACAGAAUCCGCAGCAGCAAGAGCAACACCAGCAGCAGCAAUCACAGCAGGAGCAGCCACCGCAACAGGAACAACAACAGCAGCAGCAGCAACAUCAUCAACAGUUGCUGCUGCCCCAGCAACCACUCAAUCAAACGGAAUCCCUGCCGGCAGUCGGUCAGCAGCAGGGUGAUUUCAUGCUGCCUCUGGUGGGUGGUCAUGGAUUCACCCAAGUUACCAGCCAAACACAAUACAUAGAUAACAGCCAGGGCGGCAUGGGGAUGCAGCCCCUCAACAGCCUGCUGCAACCACUGCUCUAUGGUGGGGCAACCACAUCCAAUGGCAGCGCCUCAGCCGGGGGCAAUGAAUCUCUGCUCACCACCGAUUGCCAAAUGAAUGCCAAUCAAGGCCAGAUCGAUACGGGCCUGAUGUUCGCCUGUGGCAACACGACAACUAUGGCCAACAAAUCCCUGGCGGCUCUCGUGCCCAACCCGCCGAGUGUGGCUAAUUUGCAGCCCUUGUCCAACCAAACCAAUUCCAUUCUGAAGCGCCGACUACGCUCCAAUGCGCCCCAGGAGACGCACAAGUUCUCCAAGUUCCACACUCUGUCACCGCAUCGUUCCAAGCUGCGCAAACCAUCGCGAACACACUAUACGCCCGCACCCAUCCUGAAUCCGGAUCGCAAGGGCACUGGGCUGUACUGCAAUGUGCGCAAGCAACUGGGUCAGGGUCUCUUCGACGCCUUCGACGAUGACUUUGGGGACUCGGUGGGCCUGGUGGACUUCUCGGACGAGUCCAAGGUAAACUUGGGAUCCACCUACCAGGCGCAGAUACCCAGCUGUCGGCCGCAGGAGGAGGCAUCGCGGGAUUCUCCCGGCGCCGAGAUGAUGUGGAAUCCCGAGGUGCAGGAGGACGAGAAGAUCCUGAUGCGCUACAUUGAUCUCAGCAAGUCGUCGGCCGUGCCCAUGGGCAGUCAUUCCGAGGAGGUGGCGCUCCAAACGCUGCUUCGGUCCAAAGGAAACUCGGCGGCGGCUGUGCUCAGCCUGCUUCAAACGCAGUCCGGCGCCUUCCAGAUGAAGUGGACCGCCUACGAGCUGGAGCAGUUCUUGCGCGGAUUGGAGAAGAAUGGCAAGGACUUUGGCAAGAUCGCCAGUGAGCUGCAAACAAAGUCCUCCGGCGAAUGUGUGCAAAUGUACUACUUCUGGAAGAAGCUGUGCGUGGACUACAAGGUGACGCACUUGAAGAUGGAGCCCGUGGUGGUCAUUGCUCCCGCGGUGGAGAAGCCCUAUGUCUGCGAGAUCGCCGACUGCUCAGCGAGCUUCAGUUCGAAGGCGGCACUGCACGGCCAUGUCCGCAUACACGCUUAUGGUCGCAGUGCCAGCAGCAACACCACCAACAAUAGCAGCAGCAGCAACUCCGGCAGCAGCAGCAACAUGCAGCAUGCCGCAGCAAGCAAUGCCAGCUCCGGUGGCAACAACAACAGCAGCAGUAGCUACGCAUGUGCAACACUGAGUGGCAGCAACAGCAGCAGCAAUAAUGCGAGCAGCAAUGCCGCUGCAGCAGCAGCAGCAGCAGCACACAGCAGCAACAUGGCCCAAAACGGCAGCAACUGCAGUGGCCAUGCGAAUGCAGCAAUUGGAACAUCUGCGCUUUCGACCACGCCCAAAUUGGAGGCGGGCAUGGGCAAUACCACUAACAUACCGAUUGCCAAGGAGGGCGAGUUCCCCUGCAAGGUGUGCGGCAAGGUCUUCAAUAAGGUGAAGAGUCGCAGUGCGCACAUGAAGACGCACCGCGUCCAGGAGCCGGAUCAGAAACACCAGCUGCAAAACCAGGCUGGAGCUGGACUGACCACCGUCGCCACAUCAACCAUAACCGCACCAUCGUAGACACCGACGAGCAAUUCCGUGGAGGAAUCAACGACAUGGACAGGGAAACCAUGAGGCGUAUAUAGCAAACAAACAAAAAUCGAUUGACAAUCGCAUUAAGCAAGCGGCAAGCAUUGUUUACCACUGUUAGAAUUUAUGCUUAGACGAAUUUGGGUCUAAAAAUCAAUGUCACGUGUACGUAGUAGUUAAAGGCAUUUCUUCACUAGGUCUAUCUAAAUCUAUAGCUCAAACCCCUUUCUUCUUCAAUCACUUCUCUAUCUAUCCCCUAAGUAGAAAACACUGCGACUCGCUGUAGGUUAUAAGUCUAGCCAAGGAUUGGUACAAGUUCAAAUUGAAUUGUUAUUGACUAUUGUAGGCAAGUGCAAUAUUUAUGUUGAAGUAACACGAAAUACGAAUAUGUAAGUGUACAUACAUGUACAUGUAUACCUACCGUUUUUUAUAGUAGGCGUUUAUUCUGCUCGACUCGACUGUAGAUGUACUCUAAAUCUAAUCUAAAUCUAAAUCUAAAUCUAAAACUAUACUACAACCAUGGCUAAAGCUGAGGAGAAAUCCCGAUCUAUGAUAAAUACUAGUGCAUAAUUACUGUUAACUACAAGUUUUUCUACUCAAAUACUCGUACAUAGUUGCAACACACUACACUGAUACUUUACUAGGGCGAUAAAUGUGUAGGCCGUAAGAGAAUCUCUAUAUAUACAUACUUGAUAUAAUUGAUAAUUACAUGCCUAGGUGUACGAUGUAUGCGAUAUAUGAUUGUUGUUCUAGUUUUAACGACGCAAGUCAGCAACUCCGAGUAGUUGAAGUUUUACUUAGAUUGUACUUACCUACCUACAGACCUAAACUAUUUAACUAUGGCUUAGAAACCGAAAACCCAAGAGAAAAUCUAGUGAAAUCAAGUGAUAUUGAGUGAGAUCAAAAACGAUUUUAGCUAAACGUGAACAAAAUUCAAUGCACACCAAUGUAAAUGGAAGUUGAGAAAAAGUUUUAACUUUACUUUUAACGACGCAAAGUUGUAGGUUGUAAGACACUGUAAAUACGAGUCUAGCAAAUUAAUCAGAUAAGGAAGGAUAUGUUUCAAAUUUCUCCAAGACGCAUAAAAGACAUUAAUCUAUUUAUAAUUCUAGAUCCCCUCUCCCCCUGACCGACCCCCUUACCCCGACAAAACAAAAAAGAACACAAACACACAGACAACGAGGGUUUGAACCUUGAACUUCGAACCCCGCAAAAAGAGCCCACACACACAAAGAGACACUCACAGUGCAGUUUUAUAUAGGCCUAGGAUAUACAUACAUAGUUAUUAUAUACAAGCAUAUAUUAAAUUAAAUGGUACAACAGUAAAUCUGCCAGCAAUUUGAACAACAACAAGAAUCACACGUUUUCCAUUUGGACAGUGAGCUAAUGUACUACAACAAAUUGAUCAAUUGAUUCAGCGUUUUUGAGGCCGAUGCCGGGUAGUAUGUUAUUGACAAUGGCGUAACUUAAUCUAGUUUAAUGUAAACCGAUGCAUGCAGGGCUAAAUUGAAAACCAAAUGAAAUACCUACGUUUAGUCUAAAUACCUUCCGACCCUUUCCACGUAAUCAACUGACCCGCAAAUCCGGACAAAAACUUGGAAGAUGGGAACUAUUAGCAAUUUUUAUGGUUGUAUUCGCCAGAAAACUACGAAUCAGGAGUUGUAAAUAAAAUACAUGGGAGAUGUACAAAAUACCCCGAUGUGGAGGACUUAUCCAUAUGCUGUUCUAUUUCCUUGGCCUUGUGUUCGCAAUAGCAUUCGUAAUCAUAAAAUAGUCAUAGAUUUAGUUGACGGACAACAUAAUUCUUGCAUAUUUUUCGGUGUUAUAUACAAUAAGCGUAAGCAGAUAUACAUGAAACAAAUACAGCUACAGCAGCCCACCAUAUAUAAAGCACAUUCAGUAACUGUUUGUUGUGGGCCUUCGAUGCCGUUUAAAGACUUUCUCGCGUACAAAUACCAGCCCAAACAUCUAUGUAUAUCCCGUUUCCAUCUGUAGUAAACGUGCUUGGUUGUGUGCAUUUUCUCUACACGUCUUCCGUUUCCGCUUCUGUUUCGAUUUCCAUUUCCGUUUCCGCCUGAGUUCGUCCAACCACACUGUUCGAUUCUAUUCUAUGCUCAAAUGCCUUCAAGCGAAUAUAAGUCUUAAGUAUUAUUAAAUAAAGUAUCCACAAAUGAGUGUUUAUCCUUAAGUAAGUGUUCAAAUCUAGGGUUACGUUAGCUUAAGUUGACAUGAGUGUGCACUUUGUUGCUUUUCAAAAAAGUUUCCUAAAGACAAAGAUAAAUGUAGAGAUAGGCAUCUGCUCGAACGUCUAGUCGAAUGACGUAGAUUAAUUAUCACCUAAUUUAUUUAUAUUUUAUUUUAAGUUUCAAUUACUGUGCCAAAAUGUUUAUCGUUUACCAAUUAAAUGAUUUCAACUGUUUCAUUUUUCCACGACCGUCUUGCCUUUUUAUUUUCCUACAAUAUCGUAAAUUCCAUAGUAAAGGACAAUCUGUGACAUUGAGUACUACGAGUAUACUACAUUCCUAUACAUUUCGAAGCGAUAAUUUCCGGAAUCAUCUGCGUCAGCGAUUCCUCCUCACUUACACACUUUAUUCGAAAACUCUGCGUUGUGAUUGUUCAUUAAGCGAAAGUAAAGACAAACUGUAUUUAUGCAAUGCAAAUACGUAUUUUAGAGUAAUCUGUAUAUAAAUAGAUGGCGGCCGACGCGGCUCCAGCUUCCUCAAAAGCCAAACUAAUUCUAGCUCAGACGUCGUCAGAUUCACUCAAAUCAUCAGUAUAUACAACUUGCACUCCAAUUCAAAGACACUAUAUAGUUGCAUGAGUGGUUUACUUAUUCUCAGCAUCUGUUUGCAAUAUUUUGUAAAUCGUACAGAUACACAUACUACCAUUAAUGUCAUAAUGCCGAAUGAGGGAAAACCGAAUAUUAUAAUUAGUGAACGCAACAGAAUUACUUCGAAAUACAAUACAAAACCUUUUGAAAUUGAAAACGAUUGAUAAUAGCUAUUAGACAUAUCAAUUUUAUUUAAAAACGAAUCGAGAGAUACAUUUAAACAAAAAAAAAUAUAUAUAUACAUAUAUAUAUGUAUACAUAGUCCGUACACCUUCGUGUACACCAGUGCAAUAUUGCAUUCCUGUUUAGCGAGUAAGUGGACAUUUUAGGCGUCAUCGUAGUAUUUACAGGAUCUUCUGUUGGGCACCUCUUUCGAAUCUUUGCUUUAAGUGCGAUAUCUCAGAGUAUUUAGACUGACGAGUAAUAAAACGAUACCAAAUUAUGAGAUACUAUUCUGGAUGCAGUGCAUAACCCUUCGUUUCUGUGCCAAACAAGGAUCGAUCGCGAUCUGACUACAGACGCGAUGAACGGCGUGACAAACUUUACCGCUCAGUAUUAUCGAGAAGUCCGGCCUGCGCUCCGGAAAAAAAUGGGGAUUAGGGUCGGGCGGAUCGGCCCUGCUAUGAUUAAGUACCAUAUACAAAGAACUACACAAAUCUACGAUGUAAGUUUUAACUGUAAUAUGCAAAGAGA